AUGAGUCUAUACGACGUGCUAAAAAUUCCAAAGGACGCAACCAAGGAAAAUGUGGAAAGAUCUUACAGAUUUCUUGUAAGGUUAUACUGCCAAAGCAAGAACGAAAUGAGUCCAGAUAGAUUUGCAGAGAUCAACAAAGCAUACACAAUAUUGAAGGAUAAAUACAAAAGGGAUUUUUAUGAUAUAUUUGGAGAAGUAUCUGUGCAACUUCUUCUGCACAACAAGGACUCAUAUAUCAUAACAAGAAUGUUUGAUAGACUUAACAUAUGCUUCUAUCUCGUCACACUCGUAAUAUAUAUAAGCACGCUAUUAGCACUACCUUCGAUAGUUGCACAUGGAAAAUGCAGCAGCAUAGUCAUGUCUCUUCCAUUUGCUGUAUCGUCUGUAACUCUCACCAUCCCAAUGGCCAGAUCCCUGUCUGCGUUGUAUUGGGUCUAUGGGGUUGGGACAGAGUUAAAGAGUAUGAUAUUUAGAUCUAUGGAGAUCAACAUAGCAACACUUCACAUCCUCAACUAUGCAUUAUAUGCUGAUGGAUUCAUAGACAUCCUCUUUUCGGGAGCUAUAUUCUUAGUAGUGGAGAUCCUAUCUACAAUCAAUACCAUAUAUUAUCACAAUGAUAAGCAGAAGUUUUUUCUUCAAGCCAAAAAGAAUAUAAUAAUAGGAAAAAUGAUCAGGGCCGCACUCUUUGGACUGGUUUUGGUACCAAUAAUCCCUUCCUUUUUGAAGCCUCUUUUGUUUUUUGUUCAGAUUCUUUGGGGGAUAUACAGCAAAAGGUAUUCUCUGAAGGUCAAUAUGUGUAUAUUACUUCUACCAAUACUGUAUAUAUCCACAUUCUCUCUUGUGCUAGCAGGAUUUCGUAGUGUUUUAAUAUACUUGCCUUUAUGGAUAUUUGGAUCUGUGGUUAUGGUAGUAUUGGCGCUUGUGAUUUCAAACGUUGUGAGCAACAUUCCUAGGAGCAGAUAUGAUAUAAGAGAAGUUGAGGCGCUUCCAUAUUAUGAUGUAGUGUAA